CAGUUGGCGUCGCAGGCUCCGGCGCCGAGGGUCGCGGACGCGUCCGCUCCCGGUGGGCGAGGCGGAGGCACCAUGGCGACCACAGUCAGCACGCAGCGCGGGCCGGUGUACGUCGGUGAGCUGCCGCAGGACUUCCUCCGCAUCACGCCCACGGCCGCACAGCAGCAGGUGCAACUGGACGCGCAGGCAGCCCAGCAGCUGCAGUACGGAGGGGCGGUGGGCACGGUGGGCCGCCUCAGCAUCACUGUGGUGCAGGCCAAGCUGGCGAAGAAUUACGGCAUGACCCGCAUGGACCCGUAUUGCCGCCUGCGCCUGGGCUACGCCGUGUACGAGACGCCCACCGCCCACAACGGCGCCAAGAACCCCCGCUGGAAUAAGGUUAUCCAGUGUACGGUGCCCCCGGGUGUGGACUCUUUCUACCUGGAGAUCUUCGACGAGCGGGCCUUCUCCAUGGAUGACCGCAUUGCCUGGACGCAUGUCACCAUUCCCGAGUCUCUGAAGCAGGGCAAGGUGGAGGACGAGUGGUACAGCCUGAGCGGCCGGCAGGGUGACGACAAGGAGGGCAUGAUCAACCUGGUCAUGUCCUACACGUCGCUGCCAGCCACUGUGAUGAUGCCGCCUCAGCCCGUAGUCCUGAUGCCCACCGUGUACCAGCAAGGCGUCGGCUACGUGCCCAUCACAGGUGUGCCUGCGGUGUGCAGCCCCGGCGUGGUGCCUGUGGCCCUGCCCCCAGCAGCCGUGAGUGCCCCUGCCCGCUGCAGCGAGGAGGACCUGAGAGCCAUCCAGGACAUGUUCCCCAACAUGGACCGGGAGGUGAUCCGCUCUGUGCUGGAAGCCCAGAGAGGGGACAGGGACGCAGCCAUCAACUCCCUGCUCCAGAUGGGCGAGGAGUCCUAG